CAUUUGUCUUCGAGAGGUAAGACUGCGUUGUUGAAAAUGGCCAGAACAAAGCAGACCGCCCGUAAGUCUACCGGUGGCAAAGCCCCCCGUAAACAGUUGGCUACCAAAGCUGCCCGGAAGAGCGCUCCUGCUACUGGGGGAGUAAAAAAACCUCAUCGUUACCGACCUGGUACCGUAGCCUUGCGAGAGAUCCGCCGCUAUCAGAAAUCUACUGAGCUGCUCAUCCGCAAAUUACCCUUCCAGCGCCUGGUCCGUGAAAUCGCCCAAGAUUUCAAGACCGAUUUGCGUUUCCAGAGCUCGGCUGUUAUGGCCCUGCAGGAGGCCAGCGAAGCCUACUUGGUGGGGCUCUUUGAAGAUACUAACCUGUGUGCUAUUCACGCUAAGAGAGUCACCAUCAUGCCUAAGGACAUCCAGUUAGCCCGGCGUAUCCGUGGUGAGAGGGCUUAAAGGCUGCCCUUCAACUUCUAGUAACAACCUACUCCAAACGACCCAAAGGCUCUUUUAAGAGCCACUACAUGCACACUGAAAGGAGCUGUAACAAUCCUAUAAUUUAUUCCCUCUAUUUGUUUUGCGUUUAAUUGAAGAUGACUACAUGAGCAUUUA